AUGUCUACUCACACCGACGGGCCCGGGUUCGAGGGGCAUCGCAUCGAUCCUCUCGACGGGCGCCCCAUUGACGUCCAACCUCAGGAAAAAAGGUCGCCGUCCCGCCUAGGCGGUCACACCAACACGGUCAAAUGGACCAACGGCAAGUUUGAGACGAGCGUCGAUACGGGCUUCAUCGUCCUCAACACUGCCACCUAUCCCAACUUUAUCAACUUCCUCAAGCGCGUCAAAGUCGAUACCGUCCCGACAGAGAUGACCUUUGGCGUCACCAGAGAUCGAGGCCUCUUUGAAUGGGCCGGCACCAGCCUCGACGCCGUCUUCUGCCAGCGCAAGAACCUCUUCUCCCCGCGCAUGUGGCGCAUGAUCUUCGACAUUGUGCGCUUCAACCAGUUUGCCCUUGACCUGCUCAUCACCGGCGACGACGUCAACGAUGCCGCUGCCAUGAACGGCCACAGCCACGCCUAUGGCCACGGGGCCGGACCCGAGGAGACCAUUGGCGAGUACCUCGAGCGCGAACGCUACUCGGACGCCUUCCGGGACGACUAUCUCAUCCCCAUGACGGCCGCCGUCUGGAGUACCAGCCCCGACAAGUGCACGCUCGACUUCCCCGCCGUCACCCUCGUACGGUUCAUGUAG